CUAUGGCGACGGUGGAGCUCCUCCCCCGGCUGUGUCACAUGGUGAAGGGGGAGCUGGGAUACGGGUUCAACCUGCACAGUGACAGAACACGGCGAGGACAGUUCAUACGCAGCGUGGAUCCCGGGUCCCCCGCCCAACACGCAGACCUCAGAUCCCGGGACAGGCUGGUGGAGGUGAAUGGAGUGAACAUCGAGGCGUUGAGACACUCAGAGGUGGUGGCGUUUAUACGUGGCGGGGGGGACGAGACACGCCUCCUGGUGGUCGACGCGGAAACAGACGAGCUGUUCAAGAGGCUCGGGGUCACGCCCACCAGCACACAUGUCAAAGUUUGA